GCCUUCCGAGGAGACGGAUGGACGGACGGACAGGCAGCGAGAGGUGCACCGCUUUCCUAAUCGCACGGCUACGGAGGGGGGCGAGGGAGGGGGAGGCUGCCUCUUCCCACCCCCUUCCCCAUCCCCUGUCCUCAUCCCCUUCCUCCUCCUCCUCCUCUUCCUCCUCCUCUCCGGCCACGGUAUUCUCCAAAAGGGAGGGGGGAACUGCUGGCAGGUGGAAGGGAUGAGGGAAUGCAGCCCCGGCAGGAAUCCCGCAGAGGGGAGGGCUCGCCGAAAUAACAACAACGAUAACGAUAAUGACAACAAUGAUAACAAAACCACGCCGGGAGCGAGCGGGGGGGAGCGGAGAGGACGCGGCGCCGUGCCGCACUGAGCCGCCUCCCGCACUGCCCGGCACAGCCCGACCGCGGCCCCCGAGCUCCCCAUCCCGGGAUGGGACGGACGGCACGAGGCCUGGACGGACCGACAACCAGAGGGACAGCCGGAGGGACGGACGGACGGAGGACUGCGGGCGGGGGCAGCGCGGCGAGCGCGGUGACGCCGCCGCCGCCGCCGCCGCCACCACGGAGAGGACGCAGGAUCCCCCCUUGGGCCCCCCGUGCCCUUUCGACGGGGCGGCCUGGGCCCCCCGGCCCCCCCCGGGCCCCCAGCAGGGCUGCUUCGCAUGCAUCGCCAAGCCCCCGGCCCUCCGGCACGCCUCGCCCGUCCUCUCGCCCUCCUCCGCCGCGCAGCUGAUGGAGAGCAAGGGCUGCAAAGGGGACAGCCUGCGGCCGGCGGGCCCGUGCAAGCACUCGGUGGAGAAGAAGACCAUGACCAACCCCACCACCGUCAUCGAGAUCUACCCCGACACCAGCGAGGUGAACGACUACUAUCUCUGGUCCAUCUUCAACUUCGUAUACCUCAACUUCUGCUGCCUCGGCUUCAUCGCUUUGGCCUAUUCGCUGAAAGUCCGGGAUAAGAAACUCCUCAAUGACUUAAAUGGUGCAGUGGAAGACGCCAAGACAGCCCGGCUUUUUAACAUCACCAGCUCAGCCCUUGCCACCUUCUGCAUCAUCCUCAUCUUCAUCUUCCUGCGGUACCCCCUCACCGAUUACUAGCGGGAGGCCAACAGCAGCGCCGCCGCCACAAUGCCUCUAUGCCAGAAGUGUCUGCAGUUGUUUCCUGUAGCAAGGACACAAGAGUAAAACAACUCCACCACGAUUGCAAAAAAAUAAUAAUAAUGAUAAUAAUAAAUCAAAAAAAAAAAGUAAAUAUAAAUAAAAAAUAAACGAGUUUAUCAGCCCAGGCAAGCGUACUCUUCCUGCUCCUAAACAGUACGUGCUGCUGUAGGAAAGGGUUUCACUUCUGCAAUUGGGAGGAAAAGAGACGGAGAAGAUCUUAUUUCAUGGCAAACAGAGCUGUGUAAUGAGUGUGUGCAGAGGUGAGAGCGUGGCCACAUGCGUGGCCAUGGAGGGCUUUGGGCUGCAGACAGAGCUGGGGGGAAGGCGGCACGCCCAAGGUCAAUGGAUGGCCGAGGCUCAGAGCAUAUCAAAUGCGUUCAAACUGCCCACUGCCCCACAACGUUCUGUUGUUUUCCUUCUGUGAUGCAGUCCUAUUGAGUUCAAUUCAUGGGUUGAGAUAACCAUCCCGGAGGGCUGAGUGUUAGGGUGGUGGUGUUAAAGAGCCCCAAUGCCUCCAGCUCAACCCCAGCGCAUUAAAGGGCAAAUCUCUCUUUGGGAUCAGCCAGCAGUGCUGAGGACAAAGCCACCUCCUGGAGAACUCCAUGUGCUCUGUGAACCAAGUGCUGCUGUAUUUCUGUAACAUAGUCAAUAAAGAUACCUCUGAUA